AUGAAUACGACAGAUCAGGAAAUUGCUUCCAUUAUCGUGGACUAUUUUAACAAAUGCAUAACUUCUGGUAAAUUAAAUCAAGAUAAUGUCGAUUCUUUAAAUGUUGCUAUUGAUUGUAUUGCUGAUGUGUUUGAUGUUGAUAAAGAUUUAAUUAGUAAUAUUUUGAAAACUGCUUAUAGAAGUAAUGAUUUACUAACAUAUUUACCAAAUGGUAAGAGAUCUGCAUUAAAUUUAGAUAAAAAAAAUACUACGAUAAAUGUUUCUGUUCAAACAAAGGAUAAGAUAAAUGCUUAUAAUGAUUUAAGCAGAAAUAAAGACGAUAUCAAUGUCCCUGUAAAAGUAAUUGAAGAUAUUGAAGAAACUAAAGAAACUAAAGUUUCUAAUGAUGAUAUGAAAAAAGCUGAAAAGUUAAAAGAAAAAGGUAAUGAAGAAAUGAAAGCAAAGCAAUAUUCAAAAGCCAUCGGUUCAUAUUCUGACGCUAUAAAAUUAUAUCCAACAAAUUUUAAUUACUAUAAUAAUAGAGCACUUGCUUAUAUCAAAGCAAAUAAUUUUGAUCACGCUAUAAUUGAUGCAAAUAAGUCUAUUGAGAUAGAUUCAAAAAUCCAUCCAACAAAUUUCAAAGCUUAUUAUAGACUUGGCUUAGCAAAAUAUGAGAUUGGUGACUAUGAAGGUUCUUUAGCUGCUUUUAAAAGGAUGAUUGAAAUAGCUCAAGAAAACAACAAAGGGGAUGAAAUUACCAAACAAAUGGAUGCUGACUAUGAAAAGGCAAAGGAGAAAGUACAAGAAUUAUUUUUUAUGCAAAUUACAAAAUCCACAGGUAAGGAGGGAAGUGGAAAUUCUGUAAAUGAUGGCCCUAAACGUAAGGUAACUUUAAAUGAUAUAUUAAAUAUGGCUGGGAACAAUCUAAAUAUCAUUAUGUCUAAUCCAUUAUUUAAAGAAGUUGUAGAACAAUUACUUGCUUCAAAUCCUCAAGCGAAACAACAAUUUGAUAAUGUUAUGAAUGAUCCAAGAGUGAGACAAAUGAAAGAAAAUGUGAAUAGCGAUUCAAUGUCAAAUAUUCCAAUAUUAAAAGACUUGUUUUAUUCACUUCUUAAUACCACUGUAUAUGAAGAGAAUUUAAAUGGAAAGAAAUAA